AUGCCGUCCCUUCAAGAGAGCAAAUUGGCCUUUAUCGGCGGUGGCAACAUGGCCUCCGCCAUCAUUGGCGGCCUAGUCAGCAAAGGCGUCAACAAGCAAAACAUCUGCGUCUCCGAGCCGUGGGAUGUCAACCGCGAAAAGAUUGCCGCUCUCGGAGUGCGCACCACCACCUCCAACGUCGAGGCUGGCGGUGAUGCCGAUCUGAUAAUUAUCGCCGUCAAGCCCCAAGUCACCAAGGGUGUGUGCGAGGAGCUCGGCAACGCCUGGUCCCCGCGCGAGACUCUACCCGUUGUCGUUAGCAUCGCUGCUGGUAUCACUCUUGACAGCUUGAAGGGAUGGUUGAAGACGAGCGACGGACGUACAGCGCACACUGUUCGCGUGAUGCCUAACACUCCCGCCCUUGUUGGUGAGGGUGCUUCUGGUGUCUUCGCUAGCGCUGAUGUGACGUCUGCCGAGAAAGAGCUUGUCAAUGCUAUGCUUGGGAGCGUUAGCAAGGCUUCCGAGUGGGUCGACCGUGAGGAAUUGCUUGAUGUUGUCACCGGAUUGUCUGGAUCUGGACCCGCCUACUUCUUUGCCAUGGUUGAGCAUUUGGUUGCAAGUGCCACUGCUCUUGGUCUUCCCGAAGAGCAAGCCAAGCGUCUGGCUACGCAGACUUGUCUCGGUGCUGGCAAAAUGCUGGUUGAGAGCUCCGACAGCCCGACUCAACUGCGUAAGAACGUCACCAGCCCCAAUGGUACUACGCAUGCUGCUCUCCAGACCUUUGAAGCUCUCAACUUUAAGGAGAUCACAGACAAGGCUGGCGACGACAACUCUGCAGCUUCAUUCGAGAAGACCUUGUCCACGCUGUCCACCAAGAUCACCCAAGACACCACGCGACUCGACCAACAACGAUGGGAGAGCUGGGGAGUCAAAGAAUAUGCCGCCGUCGCGGGCGGGCCAGUCCUGAUAUUCGGCGUGCGUAAAACCAGCUCCAAAAUCUUCGACUACCGAAUUUCCCGCAUUCAACGCCGCCUCGACGACUACCACAAACAGCGCGAGGAGACCAUCGAGAAGCUCAAGGUCGCAACCAAGUACAACUCCACCCAGCAACUACUCGAGAAGUACGGCGGCGAGUCUCCCAAGCCCUCACCAAACCCCAAGGGGCAGGACACCGAGAAGCGCAAACCCACGCAGCAGCCACAGUUCGUGGCCCGCACCGGUCUCCCACCGCCGCCCACAGCCAAUAUCCGCCGUCCGCCCUCCGCACCGAAAACGCCCAACAACCCGCCAUCCCCGUCUCCUCUCCUCGAGCUGGGCCCGCAAACGCCACAGCAACCCGCCUCCAUUCCGCCUCCUUUCCCGCCCCAACCUGCUACCGAGCAAUCCAACUUUGCACCGAAUGCAUUCCCGCAGAACGGCGAAUACAUCGAACAGGCACACUGGUAUGACCGUCUAUUGGACGUGCUGCUGGGAGAAGAUGAAACCCAGCCUCGGAACAGGAUGGUUAUGAUUUGCAGCCAGUGCCGUCUUGUGAACGGCCAGGCUCCCCCUGGAAUCAAGACACCGGAAGAGCUGGGCCGCUGGCGUUGCGGGAGCUGUGGAGCUUGGAAUGGUGUGGAGAGCGAGGCAACGAAGAUUCUCAGUAGUCUCCGCCAGGAUGCGGUGCCAGCUGCGGGUGCUUCGGAGCCUAUGUCGAGUGAGGAUGCGGAUGCCCCGUCUUCGGAGGGUAUGGAGGAGGGUGUGAUGGUAUCGAGUGAGGAGGAACAAGUGGCUUCAGGUAGCUCUGAGGCGGAGGGUCAGACGGAGGGAGAAUCCAGUCCCGAGCCUCUGCGGCGGUCUACGCGCAACAGAUAG